UUUCCCUGUCUCUCGAACACUCACACUCCCUCACACCCACACAGUCUCUCUCUCUCUUCCUGUGUGACGCCUUCAUCUUCUCAAUGGAGGCCAUGAGAAGAAAGCAGCCCGCUGGUCUAGCCAAGGGCAGCGUGGAUAAGGGUGCAUCCACAAAGAAAGAGGAACAUGACGCCGCAAGCAACGGAGAGGAGAGACCAGAGGGAGACAAAGACAUAGCUGCUAGACUGUCCUCUUCCCCUCCAGCAGAGACGAUGCUGAACGGCAGCGAACGUGACGCGGCGUGGCGCAGGAGCAGCCCGCCGCGCGGCUCUGCCACCGGCAACAACAAGACUUUUCUGUUGCGCAACGAAAACGGCGCGCUGGACGCAGAGUUGCCGCACGGCUCCGUCACUGGAAGCAACGGAUUCAUUCUCACUAAGCAGCAGGACGAGGACGCCGCCUCUGCGGCGAAGCCGGGUCCGGGAGUCUCCCCCCACAGGACUAACUGGUUGCCCUCGGGCUCAGCGACGGGGGGACACAGGGCCAAAUCUCCCCCGGCGGCGGCGUCCGGGUGCGCACAGAGUUCAGGCACGCUAAGGACUGACCCCAGUACAGGGACUACGUCAGGACAGGAGACGUCAGACACUAAGAACGGCACGGCCUCGUCUCCUGUCCCGGUUUCGGCACCCGUCAUGAUACACAGGGCGCGCAAGACCAUGUCCAGACCCGCUGUGAGCCCGGCACAAAAGCUUCUUAACCGGGAAUUAAGAGAAGCAAAGAGUGCCAAAACGGAGACUCGUGUGGACUCGCAGCAGCCCUCGGCUCAGAACCAUCUACCUCAGAAUAGCCCGGAUAGUCCAGCUUCAGCACCAGCUGCUUCAUCACCAGUACCUCCGGCUGCUCCCGCUACACCUCCGGCUGCUCCCGCUACACCUCCGGCUCCCGAGGAUCCUUCGGACCCCCCUGCUUCUGCGGCUCCUCAAGCAAGUCCCACUCCUCCGGCUCCAGCCAAGCUUCAACUAGGUCCGUACUCGGGAGGGUUGUCGUUACGGAAGAAGAAGAGGAGGAUGGGAAUGUACAGUCUGGUUCCCAAGAAGAAAACCAAAGUGCUUAAGCAGAGAAGUGUGCUGGAAAUGUUCAAUGAACUGCGAGAGUCCACCAAGAGCUCUCAGGUUAAAGAAGUAGCGAACAUAAAUGGCGAAAAGUUUGAAAUUGCAUCUGAAGAGGAGGAGUCCGAGGAGGUGGAGUCUGAGGAAGAGGAGCGACAGCAGCCGACAGAAGAACCCGUCUGCACCGUCCAGGAAGCAACAUCGGAUCCCGUCUCUCAGAUGCAGGUGGGAGAUGAGGUGGAGUCUGAAGAGUCCGGAGAAGAGGAUGGAGAGGAGGAAGGCACGGAGUCCGACCUGAGCACGGAGUCCAGUCUGAAGAAGAAGUUGAAAAAGAAGAUGAAGAGCGACGGCCCGUGGCUCAGGCCGUCCAGGAAACGGAGGAGGAGGAUAAAGGUCAAAGACCUGGAGGCAGUCAAUCAGCCUGAGGCCUCAGCUCAGGCCGAGCGGGCCGACGGGGAGGAGCGCACGCAGCUUUGCUCACUGGAGUCCGUCAACCUCAACGAGCCCCAGGAGCCUACGGCCCCCCCACAGAACAAAGCAGACACAUCGGGGUCCCUGAUCGAGGAGGCUCAAGAGCUUCCGCUCUGCAGCUGCCGCAUGGAGACGCCCAAGAGUCGAGAGAUUCUCACGCUGGCAGACAGGAAGUGCAUGGCCACGGAGAGCGUUGACGGACAGCUGACCCGCUGCCAGGGUGCCAUACUGAAACAUGAAAUGAUGCGUCCCUCCAACUCGGUUCAGCUGCUGGUCCUGUGUGAGGACCACCGCAACGGCAUGGUGAAGCACCAGUGCUGCCCCGGCUGCGGCUUCUACUGCAGGGCUGGGACCUUCAUGGAGUGCCAACCGGACCUCAGCAUCUCUCACCGUUUCCAUCGUGCUUGUGCCUCGAUGCUGAAAGGUCAGAGCUUCUGUCCCCACUGUGGAGAGGAGGCCCUAAAGGCCAAGGAGGUCACCAUCGCCAAGGCCGACACCACCUCCACCGUGCCCCCCGCGCUGGCGCUCGCGCACGGACCCGCUACGCCCGGGGUCCCCGAGGGCCGAGCGGACACCACCACCGGCAGCUCCUCUGUUCCUGCGUUGGGGACGGAAGUCAGCGGCAAGGCUGAUAGCUCGCUGUCGGCUUUUUCCGCACACACACUCGACACCUCCGCCGUUGCCGGGUCGUCCAGGACCUCAACGCCGCCGUCCGGGCCGGCGGUGCCACCCGCAAUCCCUCCAGGACCGCCGAGAGAGACUCUGGAGAGCAUCCUGGUGGCGCUCGACACGGAGAAGCCAAAGAAGCUGCGCUUUCACCCCAAACAGCUUUACCUCUCAGCCAAACAGGGAGAACUGAAGAAGGUCCUGCUCAUGUUGGUGGACGGUAUCGACCCUAACUUCAAGAUGGAUUCUCAGAACAAACGCACUCCGCUCCAUGCUGCAGCGGAGGCCGGCUACAAAGACAUCUGCCACAUGCUCGUGCAGGCGGGAGCGAACUUGGACAUGUGCGACGAAGAUCAGCGCACGCCCCUGAUGGAGGCCUGCGAGAACGACCACAUUGAGACGGCGCAGUACCUGCUGAGAGCUGGAGCCAGCGUCACACACAAGGAUGUUGAAGGAUUCACGUGUCUCCAUCUAGCUGCAAAGUCUGGCCAUUACCACAUUGUUGAGCAUCUUCUGUCCACAGGAUUCAUCAACAUCAACUGUCAGGAUGACGGAGGCUGGACAGCCAUGAUCUGGGCAACGGAGUACAAACAUGUGGACCAGGUGAAUCUGCUUCUGUGCAAAGGUGCCGAUAUCAGUAUAAGGGACAAGGAGGAGAACAUCUGCCUUCACUGGGCAGCGUUCUCUGGCAGCGUGGAGAUCGCCGAGCUUCUCCUGAACGCCCGCUGCGACCUGCAGGCGGUCAACAUCCACGGAGACUCUCCGCUACACAUCGCUGCUCGGGAGAAUCGCUUUGAAUGCGUCACGCUCUUCCUCACUCGGGGAGCAGAUGUGUUUCUGAAGAACCGCGAGGGAGAGACUCCACCGGACUGCUGCAGCCACAACUCCAAGGCCUGGGCCGCCCUGCAGACCAACCGGAGGGAGAGGGACGCCAGGAGCACCAGGCUCUCUCCAGUGGAGGCCAAAGUCCUUCAGAGUGACAUCGCUCUGGGGCAGGAGAAGGUUCCCCUUCCCUGCGUCAACUCUGUGGACAGUGAACCAUACCCGGAUGACUACAAAUACAUCGCCGAAAACUGUGUCACCUCCCCGAUGAACAUCGACAGGAACAUAACGCACUUACAGUACUGUGUUUGUAAAGAAAACUGUUCCACCAGUAUCUGCAUGUGUGGGCAACUCAGUCUGCGCUGCUGGUACGACAAGAGGGGUUGUCUGCUACCUGAGUUCUGUCGCGAGGAGCCUCCUCUCAUCUUUGAGUGCAACCAUGCGUGCUCCUGUUGGAGGACCUGCAAGAACCGCGUGGUGCAAAACGGAAUCAGGACCCGGCUUCAGCUCUUCAGGACCAGUAAGAAGGGCUGGGGUGUCCGUGCAGUACAAGACAUACCGCAGGGGACCUUUGUAUGCGAGUACGUUGGUGAGAUCAUCUCCGAAGCUGAAGCAGAAAUGAGGCAGAAUGACACUUACCUGUUCAGCCUGGAUGAUAAGCCACAAGAUCUAUACUGCAUCGACGCUCGUUUCUAUGGAAACAUCAGCCGCUUCCUCAAUCACAUGUGCGAGCCCAACCUGUUUGCCUGUCGAGUGUUCACGACCCACCAGGACCUCCGGUUCCCACACAUUGCCUUCUUUGCCAGUGAAAACAUCAAGGCUGGAGAAGAGCUCGGAUUUAAUUACGGCGACCACUUCUGGGAAGUCAAAAGCAAGUCGUUCAGCUGCGAAUGCGGCUCUUCCAAGUGCAAGUACUCGUCAGCGGCCAUGGCCUCGCUGCAGGCUGACAGCACACCGGAGGGCCGGCAGCAGCCCAGUGCGUCCCCCGAUACCAGCUCUUCUAACGGCCCCACUGGCCCCUCCUAAAAGCCCCCCCCCCCGGGCUCCACCAAGCGGAUGGGACACUCGAGGACACCUGUGCGAUGCAGCCCGUCUGAACGUUAAUCGAUGAACUCGUACUCGAUCUCCACUCCUGAUUGGAACCACAGACCUUCUUGACAACCCGUGAAACGACGUCACAUAGAUGCACAAUCAAAUCGUGGAAGAACUUGCUGCUGCUUUAUUCCAGCUUGUCACAGGGGACAAUAAAAAUACAUUACAUUCUUUAUAUGUCAUACACAAUGUCACGCAAUACUGGGAAGGAGGACUGUGCCGUCUAUUUCUUUUAUUUUAAGAUAAUGGGUUUAAAAUGUUAUCUGGCUUUUUUUAAUCACGUCUUCAUCAUUAUGGAACUCUGGGUCGGGAUGAGGGUAUCGUUGUCUUUUGCAAAGACAACCUCAGCAUUGGGCUGGGUUUAACUUGUUUGACCUUCUGCGGUCCUUUAUCAUAAACCAUUCCAGCGAGAGUAGCUGAUAAAUAUUGAACUAUAUUGCCACUUCUUUGUGUCCCUUCCCCUUGUUGCAGUGUUUGAACAGACAAGUCCAACAUUCGCCACCAUAGUUGAUAAAAAUUUAUGAAUGAACUGAAACGAUGGGAAAGACAAAGGCGUGGCGCAUUAAAAAGUAGACCGUUGCGAGUAUAGAUUCUCAGAGAGCGAGAGAUGCUGUACCAUUCCUCAAAAACGAGGCGUUUCUGUUGUGAAUAAAUUGAUUGGCUGUUUUAUUACGCAUGCUGCCACAGCUGUGGAAGAUUGGAUUAAACUGAAAUAGUUUAAAACAAAAAAAUGGUGCUGACAAAGAUUUUUGUUUUCAUUUUUAUUACCCAAUUGAACAUAGUUUGUAAGAUAAGAGAACGUUUUACGUUUUUUUGUUUUCAUUUAACUCCACUUUUCUAAGCGUAGUUACUGUAGUUUGGCUAUUUUUGUUUCAUGAUUUUGCUGAAAGAAGCCAACCAGUCAUUUUAAAUGUUGUUAGUAAAGCGGUGACUCUUGUGCAAAGUCUUGAAAGGUAUAAAUGACAAAAAAAAGGUUAUUAUAAUGCAAUUCAUAACUUUCUGUUACAUAUUUCCGGACCGUGAACCAUUCACCUAAUUGGUUGUAUCUUUUUCAAUAAAUUUACUACUAAUGCA